AUGACAUCCUCCCACCUGGACUUUGGGGAGGUGGAAACUUUCCUGGACAGGCACCCAGAGUUGUUUGAAGAUUACUUGAUGCGGAAGGGGAAACAAGAGAUGGUGGAGAAGUGGCUGCAGAGGCACAGUCAGAGUCAGGGGGCUUUAGGCCCAAGGCCCCCACUGGCAGGCACCAGCAGCUUGGGUCACAGUGCUGGCAAAGGCAGCAGUAGCAUUUGUGGUGGCACUGGACCAAAUGGCUCUGCCAAUAGCCAGCCCACUCUGGGUGGUGGGGACGGUCGUGGGAGCCCCCUGAGUCCUAGCUGGGCCAGUGGCAACCGGGGCGAUGGGAGCCUGCAGCGGAGAGCUUCUCAGAAAGAGCUAAGGAAGACUUUUGCCCGCUCCAAGGCCAUCCAUGUGAACAGGACCUACGAUGAACAGGUGACCUCCCGGGCCCAGGAGCCGCUGAGCAGUGUGCGGCGGAGGGCACUUCUCCGGAAGGCCAGCUCCUUGCCCCCCACUACAGCCCACAUUCUCAGUGCCCUGCUGGAAUCAAGAGUGAAUCUGCCUCAGUACCCCCCUACGGCCAUGGACUACAAGUGCCACCUCAAAAAGCAUAAUGAGCGUCAGUUCUUCCUGGAACUGGUCAAGGAUAUCUCCAAUGACCUUGAUCUUACCAGCCUGAGCUGCAAGAUCCUCAUCUUUGUCUGCCUCAUGGUGGAUGCUGACCGCUGCUCUCUCUUCCUGGUGGAAGGGGCAGCUGCUGGCAAGAAGAGCUUGGUCUCCAAAUUCUUUGAUGUGCAUGCAGGAACCCCACUGCUGCCCUGCAGCAGCACAGAGAACUCAAACGAGGUGCAGGUCCCCUGGGGCAAAGGCAUCAUUGGCUAUGUCGGGGAGCAUGGAGAAACGGUCAACAUUCCUGAUGCCUACCAGGAUAGAAGAUUCAAUGAUGAAAUUGACAAGCUAACUGGAUACAAGACAAAAUCACUAUUGUGUAUGCCUAUCCGAAGCAGUGAUGGUGAGAUUAUCGGUGUGGCUCAAGCGAUAAAUAAGAUUCCUGAAGGUGCUCCAUUUACUGAAGAUGAUGAAAAAGUUAUGCAGAUGUAUCUUCCAUUUUGUGGAAUCGCUAUAUCUAAUGCUCAGCUAUUUGCUGCCUCAAGGAAAGAAUAUGAAAGAAGCAGGGCUUUGCUAGAGGUGGUUAACGACCUCUUUGAAGAACAGACUGACCUGGAGAAAAUUGUCAAGAAAAUAAUGCAUCGGGCCCAAACUCUGCUGAAAUGUGAACGCUGCUCUGUUUUACUCCUAGAGGACAUUGAAUCACCAGUGGUGAAGUUUACCAAAUCCUUUGAAUUGAUGUCCCCAAAGUGCAGUGGCGAUGCUGAGAACAGUUUCAAAGAAAGCGUGGAGAAAUCAUCAUACUCCGACUGGCUAAUAAAUAACAGCAUUGCCGAGCUGGUGGCUUCUACUGGCCUUCCAGUGAACAUCAGUGAUGCCUACCAGGAUCCUCGCUUUGAUGCCGAGGCUGACCAGAUAUCUGGUUUUCACAUAAGAUCUGUUCUCUGCGUCCCUAUUUGGAAUAGCAACCACCAAAUAAUUGGAGUGGCUCAAGUGUUAAAUAGACUUGACGGGAAACCUUUUGAUGAUGCAGAUCAACGACUUUUUGAGGCUUUUGUCAUCUUUUGUGGCCUUGGCAUCAACAACACAAUUAUGUAUGAUCAAGUGAAGAAGUCCUGGGCCAAGCAGUCUGUGGCUCUUGAUGUACUAUCAUACCAUGCGACAUGUUCAAAAGCUGAAGUUGACAAGUUUAAGGCAGCCAACAUCCCUCUGGUGUCAGAACUUGCCAUUGAUGACAUACAUUUUGAUGACUUUUCUCUCGAUGUUGACACCAUGAUCACAGCUGCUCUUCGGAUGUUCAUGGAGCUGGGGAUGGUACAGAAAUUUAAAAUUGAUUAUGAGACACUGUGUAGGUGGCUUUUGACAGUGAGGAAAAAUUAUCGAAUGGUCCUGUACCACAACUGGAGACACGCCUUCAACGUGUGCCAACUGAUGUUUGCGCUGUUAACUACUGCUGGGUUUCAAGAGAUUCUGACCGAGGUGGAAAUUUUAGCCGUGAUUGUGGGAUGCCUGUGUCAUGACCUCGACCACAGGGGAACCAACAAUGCCUUCCAAGCUAAGAGCGGCUCUGCCCUGGCCCAACUCUACGGAACAUCUGCUACCUUAGAGCAUCACCAUUUUAACCACGCUGUGAUGAUCCUUCAAAGUGAGGGUCACAACAUCUUUGCUAAUUUGUCCUCCAAGGAAUAUAGUGACCUUAUGCAGCUUUUGAAGCAGUCAAUAUUGGCUACAGACCUCACGCUGUACUUUGAGAGGAGAACUGAAUUCUUUGAACUUGUCAGUAAAGGAGAAUAUGAUUGGAGCAUCAAAAACCAUCGUGAUACAUUUCGAUCAAUGUUAAUGACAGCCUGUGACCUUGGAGCUGUGACCAAACCGUGGGAGAUCUCGAGACAGGUGGCUGAACUUGUAACCAGUGAGUUCUUUGAACAAGGAGAUCGAGAGAGAUCAGAACUCAAACUCACUCCUUCAGCUAUUUUUGAUCGGAACCGGAAAGAUGAACUCCCUCGGUUGCAAUUGGAGUGGAUUGAUAGCAUCUGCAUGCCUUUGUAUCAGGCGUUGGUGAAGGUCAAUGUGAAACUGAAGCCGAUGCUGGAUUCAGUGGCUGUGAACAGAAGGAAGUGGGAGGAGCUGCAUCAGAAAAGGCUGCUAGCCUCUGCUGCCUCGCCCUCCUCUGCCAGCCUCACGGUGGCCGGGGAAGACAGAAAGUAA